CGCGCUCAGUACGAGACUUGAUGUCGCUCGGUUCGCACGGACGGUUAAAAAGCGAGCGGUUCGGUGAGCUAAGUGAGCUACGUGAGACGAAACACAGAAAAAAAAGGAAAGCUCCGUGAAACCGGCGUUACAUUAUGUGCAGUGUUUAACAUUAUCAAAUAAGGGGAAAGCAAUUGGAUUUUUCCCAUUAAGCUCCAAAAAUCAAAUUCGAGGAACAAGUGAUCCUCUCGCGAUCGAGAAAGAUUGGUGCCUGAGUGUGCGUUUGUGCCUUUGCUCGAGCUCGGUGUGUGUGAUGGGGUGUCAUUCCUUUGGAGAGUCAAACGUGCACCAAAAAUGGUGAAUCUGCCGGGUGCAUAGCUCGAAAUGGUGAAAAUUCUUCUGGUCCUGGUUUUGUGAAAGGAAACACGAAGCUGGUUCGGUUGUGGACGCAAAUAUACACACACACACACACACGCUCUCAGUCACUUAGUAGUGCCUUGGCUUAAAAGCCAUUGAUGUGACAUCCGUCAUCUCUUUGCGGUGCAUUUUACGCAUUUUGACUGUUUCACGGCUCAUCGGCGGCAGGUUGUGUCACACAGAUAAAGAAACAGUGAGCGACGAGUGCCUUACUGCGCGGUUGUAGUGAGUGUUGGUGCAUGUUUUUUGUGUUGUUGGCCAAAGGAAUCCAACGUGCAAUAGACUAGAGUUUCGGCUGCAUAUGGACAGUUUGGGUGCGAAAUAAGGAAAACGCUUCAAGCCUGUGCACUGUCUCAGUACCGAAGCACUCAACAAACGCACACAGCUUUGCUUGCGCUCUGCCCCACACUGGACGAAGCCGGCACGAUGGAUACAUGGAUGCAGGAAGUGGUGUCGAUGAUGGCAGGCGACGGAACGUCAGCACGGAUCAAACAGGAACUGAUUGAAACAUCCUGCUGCAGCCCGUCCCCAUCGUCGGUCGGUAGCUUAUCCCAAACCAACAUACUGUACGGCAAUUCACCCACGGGAAAGAUGGACUUCAAAUGCAGUAGCAAUAACAACGACACACAUCUCACAGAGCUGCACGGUAGCGGUGGUGGUGGUGCCGGCGGAAGCAGUGGCAACGGGAAACCACAGUCGCCCGGCUCGCCGGAUCGUCAGUUCUGCAGCUCAACUACCUCCGCCAUCGGGGACUUUGGCAGCGAUGGCACGAACCACGACACGAUCAAGGAGGAGCUGCCGCGACGAUUGUGCCUGGUGUGUGGGGACGUUGCCAGUGGCUUCCACUACGGCGUUGCCAGCUGUGAAGCAUGUAAAGCAUUUUUCAAACGUACCAUUCAAGGAAACAUCGAGUACACCUGUCCCGCGAGUAACGACUGUGAAAUAAACAAACGGCGACGGAAAGCGUGCCAAGCGUGCCGGUUCCGCAAGUGUCUGCUGAUGGGCAUGCUCAAGGAAGGGGUGCGGCUGGAUCGGGUGCGGGGUGGCCGGCAAAAGUAUCGCCGCAAUCCGUGCUCGAACCCGUACCAGAUGCAGAUCAUACAGUCGAACCAGCAGUACACGGCCCAAACGCUGGAAGACAUCAAGAUCCUGGAAGUAUUAUCUUCGUUCGAGCCGGAUCCACUGUCGAUCGGCGGUGGCAGCGAUAUGGUGGCGACCGGCGAGGAACGCAACGGGACGGGCCAAACGUCCAGCUCGUCGUUCUCCUCCGCAUCGUCCUCGUCGUCGUCGACGAGCAGCACGGGCAGCAACUCGCCCGGCGCUACAGCGGCCGCCGCCGAUUCCGGGCUCGACCGGAUGGUGAUCGGAAGCGAUGCGCAGGAAAUUUUGAGCGUGCUGAGUGAUAUUUACGAUAAGGAGCUGGUCGGUGUGAUUGGCUGGGCGAAGCAGAUUCCGGGCUUCACCGAUCUGCCGCUGAACGACCAGAUGCGGCUGCUGCAGGUGAGCUGGGCCGAGCUGCUGACGCUAAUGCUUGCCUACCGCUCGAUCCCGUUCGAUGGUCGGCUGUACUUUGCCACCGACUUCUGGCUCGACGAGCGAUCGGCGAAGGAGUGUGGUGCCCUUGAUCUCUAUAACCAUCUCGCACAAAUCACCCAACGAUUGGAAAAGAUCUCGGCCACCAAGGAGGAGUACUAUCUACUGAAGGCCCUGUCCCUGUCAAAUUGUGAUAUCAGACUGGAUAACUACAGUGCGCUCAAGAAAAUUCGUGACUCGAUACUGUACGCACUCAACGAUUGUGUGCUGUUGAUAAGGCAACAUCAGGCGGUGUCCCAUCAGCAGCAGCUGCUACUGUUGCUGCCAUCGUUACGGCAAGCGGAUCACAUUAUUCGCAAGUUCUGGACGAAUGUGCAUAUCGAGGGCAACGUAACGAUGAACAAGCUGUUUGUCGAAAUGCUCGAGUCCGUCUCACGAUAAGGUUUGCAAUACUAGCGCGCCCCAAGAGGGAAAAAAAGCAAUCUUCUAAAGCUCUUUCAUAUUGUAGGCUGAUGGGAAGCGAAUGCCCAUCAUUUUAUUAGGCACAGAAAAUAAGAGUGAAGUGAGGAGGGGGUAGUGAAGGUGCGUGACUAAAAAUUCGUGGAAUGGUUACCGAGGCGUUAUUCGAAUUGUUUACGUAGUUUUAAGGUUUCUUUUUCUGUUUGUUUCUUUGUUUGUUUGUUUCAAACUACCCGCUCUCGAUUUCUUAGAGAAACUCGGUCUCCUGUUUCGUCACAGCUGUACCAACAGCUGCCCCGGCACUCUAUCGAGAGCGGCCACCUGUUCAGUGUUUGUGUAGUUGGUCGCUACCGGGUCUUUCGUGGAUUGAUUUCAAUGUAGCGUGCGUUGGGCGGGAAGAGAACUCUUCUGUUCUGCGUCUCUUGUGUUAAAGUUACCGCGCGCAACCAUCGGUUCCGUCAGCGCGAACGGAAGCGGCUGAGGGAGAAUGGAUAGUUUUAAUAUUAUAGUAGCUGGGUUUGAUCAGCGCUCCCGUACGGGGAGAGGAGAUUUGCAAUAUGUUUGCGUGGUUUUUUGUCACGCCGCUUCGUAGUAGAGAACCAGUGACCAGCGGUGGCACUUUCUUCAGAGAGUGCCAUCAGCUCAGAGAGCAUGUGAGAGCCAAGUGAGUGAGGAUCGAUUAUGAGAAUGCUUUAUCCUCAACAUUAUUAGAGUAUUGCUUGUUUUUAAUUACAGUACAGAUUAUUAUAGACCACACACACACACACACACACGAACACAAAUAUUGUGUGUCCGAAGGGAAACAAAACUUAACCUCUAUUCGCAAUACACAUCUAUAUACUCCUCCGGUGUAGUGGGCCGUACGUGUAAAUGCCGUAGUAAUUUUGCAGGGUUUCUCAGGCUAGUCGGACAUUGUAACGCCAUAUGUCAGCAGCAUAAAAUGUAAAUGCCGGCAUCGUAUAUGCAAUUCAGUUGGGAUUUUAAGAGAGUUGAAUGUUUGUUUUCCCAUGCUGAAAAGGGCUACGAUGUCGGAUUAGCGUUCUACGCUGCUGACACAUAGUAUUACAAUAUUGAACUGGCCUGAGAAACCCUGUAUGUACAGAAAGCAAUGUUUUUUUCUGGUAUAGACGAUCGCGGACGAUACAAGCAGUGGCAGGCAUUCUGUGUUUUUAUACUGUUCAGGAAUAAGUACAUUCUUGGAUGGAUGCAAUAGGGUGAGCAGUUUUAGAAGAGGAUUCUAUUCCCUGACACAAAACAACAAAAUAGUGUAAAGGAAAAAAAAGGAAGUAAAAUAAGAAAAGUUUAUGAAUGGGUUUGUAUUUCACGAUACGCGCACGUCCAAAAUGCAAGCGGAAUCUCGAUCAGUGGUAUUCUUUUGGGGACGAACGGUGUUUAGGACAGCUGCAAUAGCCCACGUUUUUACACGACACAACAUUACAGUACAACUCCACGUGCAAACGAUCGUUCAAAGUUAGGUGAGCAGAGAAGAAAGUAUGAGGAGGAUUUUAUUUUGUUGAAUGUUUCGCAAACUCUCUGACGCAGACCGCGUGUGUGUACGUAGAUUUUAAACCUUUCCUUAUGAGCGACAAGCAUACGGUUCGGACAAAAGCGUAGAAAGACAAAUAAAAAAGUGAAAAGGAAGGCAGAUCUUCGGGACAGCAACGGACGAUACAAAACAAAUGGAAACAAAAUUUUAUCAGAGUAUAAAGUAUAAAAUAGCAAUAGUUCUAAUAACCAAACUGCUAAAAUCGUUAUUACAUGUAAAGAAAAAGGCGGAUGGUGCCACUUAAUGAAGUUUCGUUGCCCGAAACUCAUCCAAAACGAUGAGUCACAAAAAAAAGGAAGAAGCAAAUAACCGACAAACUGACUGAUGAAAGUCGUACGGAACGAGCGAGUGGGAUGGCAGAGCGAGAAGCAGCACCACACAGAGAUGUAAGAGAUGCGAACGGAAGGAAAAGUUUUAUAGGAGAGAGAGAGAAAAUAUGCAAUUUAUCCAUUUGCCUGCAAUAUAUAACACAGUAAGAAGCGCCACGCGGUGGUGUAGUAGGUAUAGUAGCGAUUAGAAAUCUUCCAUGAUUUUAAGCCGCGUGUUCUAUGACGUUGGGUUGUGUGCGGCGGAUCAAACCGACCGACCGUGGAUGCGACAACAACAAAAAAAGGUAACAAAAAACCCGUUCAAGAAUAGGAAGCAGGGGCGUGGAAGAGAAUGUCUCUCAGGGAAUGUAAGGCGCGAUUUGUUCUUGCGAUUGUGACGAUAGUUUAAAUGGACGUUGAUUGUUUUUUGGUAGUAGUGUUAGUGAAAGUGAAAGUGUGAGGGUGGUGAGCUGGGGGAAGGGAGUCACGGACAGCAUGCCACGUGUAUGUGUGUGCUUCUUGUGCGAGGAGUAGCUGAAUUGGGGGAGCAGUGGGUUAUCGAAUGGAAUGGAUCGUUAAAUAGAAAUACAGCAGGCACUAUUUGCUAAUACGGACAA